GUAAUAGGUACCAGUCCCUAUCAGAACGAGCAUUUGUUCAAGUAUUCGAGUUGUUCUCACUCUCUCUCGUCUAAAAAGUAACAUGGAAAUCAGUUUUUCUGGAAAAAGAGCUCUUGUCACGGGCGCCGGAAAGGGAAUUGGCCGCUGCACUGCUAAGGCUCUUGUGAAGUGUGGUGCAGAUGUUGUGGCAUUAUCACGGACACAAUCUGACCUAGACUCACUCAAAGCUGAGUCUCCAUCUAUACAAACCCACCAUAUUGACGUCCAAAACACUAGUGAUGUCAGAGAUCUUAUAAAAGGCCUAGGUGACAUUCAUCUACUUGUUAACAAUGCUGGAGUGGGUAGAUUGCAUCUUUUUGAAGACAUCGAACCUGAAGACUAUGAUAUUGUUUUUGGAGUCAAUGUGAAAGCUGCUUUAUUUGUGGCACAGGCAGUGGCAAGAAAAAUGAAGGCACAGGGAAGUGGCGGAGCAAUUGUUAACGUUUCAAGCCAAGCGUCUCAAGCACCAUUGAUGGAACAUACCUUAUAUUGUGCAAGCAAAGCAGCAUUGGACAUGAUCACCAAAGUCAUGGCCCUAGAGCUUGGCAAGCACAAGAUACGGGUGAACUCUGUUAACCCCACCGUGGUACUGACAGAUAUGGGCAAGAUGGCAUGGGCAGAUCCAGUAAAGGCUGGACCUAUGCUUGCAAGUAUACCCCUUGGACGAUUUGCAGAGGAGCAAGAUGUAGUUGAUGCUAUUCUGUACCUGUUGAGUGACAAGGCUGCUAUGAUACAUGGAACAUGUCUCCCAGUCGAUGGUGGCAAACUAAUAGGCUGAGUUAUUCCAAUUUUUCAUUGAAUUAUGAUCAAAUUUAUUUUAUGAAAAGCACUUAUUUUACAUGAAUGUAUUCUGAAAUAAGAAAACUAUAGAUUCUAAGGAUAUUUGGGGUCCUUUAAAAUUCCGUCUAUUGGGGUUGGGAUCUUAUUUCUGGAACUAAGGUUUUCCAUAUCAAAAUGUAGGUGUAUAUUUUUUAAAAAUGCUUACGAAAACAGACCUCUUCUCUCACCAUUAAUUAUACAUGAAAAACAGUCUUUACAAUAUAAUUGUAUAUAAAUCCAA